AUGGGAAGUCAGUACGGUUAUGAAGUCCCAGAAAGUUUUGAAGAUGUUGCUGUUGAAUUUUCAAGGGAGGAGUGGGAGAUGCUGAGUGAAAAGGAGAAGAAGCUACACCAGGAAGUGAUGCUGCAGAACUUCGAUCACAUGAUAGAUGUCGGUGCGAUGUACCGAAGAUGGAACCCAGCAUUUUCAGAAGCAGAGACUGUUGCAAUCGUCGAUGCCCUCGGACUCCAUCACCGGGUUACAUAUUCAUCAAAAGACAGUUCACGAGGUGACAACGAUGAUGUUGUACCCUUUUUUGGAAUAAUACCAAGAGCCCGUUCCUAUAUUGCAGUCAUCAACCGCAUCUUGUUAUAUUUUGGCUGGACCUGGGUUGGUGUUCUGGCAGAAGAAAAUGAUUUUGGACAAGAGUAUAGUCAAGAAAUGGCAGCUGAAUUUCUGAAUAAUGGAGGCUGCAUCGCUUUCUCUGAAAGUGUGCCAGUAACUCAUAAUGAGACAAAAGUGCAACAGAUAGUCAAAAUCAUUAAUGAAUCAUCUGCAAACAUCAUUCUGGCCUUUUGCUAUGAGGAGAGCUUACAACCUGUAAUGGAGGAAGUUGCCAGAAAUAACAUUACUGGAAAAAUCUGGACUGAUGUGGACACCUGGAUGUUCUCUUUUCUGUUUUCUAUGAAUAAUCUUCAACAAAUGUUAAAUGGUUCCAUUGGAAUUACACUUCGCAGGGAUAAGGUGAAAGGAUUCAGUGAAUAUUUUCAAAGUAUAUACCCAAGUAAUAAUUCUGGUGAUAUUUUCAUUAAAGAAUUUUGGGAAACUUUGUUUAGCUGUAAGUGGCAAAACCAAAACACCUCUGAAAUGCAAUUGAAUUUCAGUGAAGUAAAUGUCUUCUGUACUGGAAAGGAGACUUUAUAUGGGUUAAAUGCAUCAUUCUUCGAUGUUGCUGUUCAAACUGCAGUACAGGUACUUUCCCGAGCACUGCAAGAUCUAUAUUCCUGUAAAGCAGGAAAAGGGCCAUUUUCAAAUAGAACAUGUGCAGACAUUCAGAAGUUUGAACCUUGGCAGCUGCUCCAUUAUGUGAAAGCAGUUCAUUUCCUAAAUGAUGCUGGUGAUGAGAUAUUUUUUGAUCAAAAUGGUGAAGUGUCCACUGUUUAUGAUAUUAUUAACUGGCACAUAACCCAAGAAGGGUUAUCAAGAUAUGUUACUAUCGGUAGCUACCAAUCAGGAGUUUCUACAGGCUACAGUCUUGUGAUAAAUGACAGCAAAAUUACAUGGAACCAUGUGCAUAAACAGAUGCCCCACUCUGUCUGCACAGAUGAUUGCCCUCCCGGUCAAAGGAAGGUUCAUGACAGAAGAAAACCAAAAUGCUGUUUCAACUGCAUUCCAUGUUCAGAAGGAGAGUUUUCAAACCAAACAGGUGCUGUUGAUUGCUUUAAGUGCCAGGACAAUCAGACGUCAAAUGAAAGAAGAGAUGAAUGUUUGCCAAAACCUGUGGAAUUUCUGUCAUAUGAAGAUGGUUUAGGAGCAACUCUGGCGACAUCAACAAGCACCUUGGCAUUUAUCCCUGUAGCAAUAUUAGUCACUUUUGUACAUUACAGAGACACUCCUCUGGUCAAAGCCAACAACCGUGGCAUCAGCUAUGUUUUGCUCUUUGCUCUGACACUGUGCUUUCUCUGUUCUUUGAUAUUCAUCGGUCACCCUACUGUAGUAACAUGUUUCAUCCGCCAACCUGCUUUUGGUGUUAUUUUUGCCCUUUGUAUAAGCUGUGUGCUUGCCAAGACUGUUAUGGUGGUUGUAGCAUUCAGUGCCACAAAGCCUAACAGUAACCUCAAGCAUCUUGUAGGUUCUAAACUGCCAAGUUCCAUAAUCAUUCUGUGUACCACGGGUCAGGUUAUCAUAUGUGUCAUGUGGUUAGCACUUUCACCACCAUUCCCUGAAGCAGAUCUGAAAUCCUAUACUGCAAAGAUAAUUAUAAAAUGUAACGAAGGCUCUAAUAUUGCAUUCUGGUGCAUGCUGGGAUACAUGGGCUUGCUGGCAACAGUCAGCUUCUCUGUUGCAUUUCUUGCAAGGAAGCUUCCAGAUAAUUUUAAUGAGGCUCAGCAUAUUACAUUCAGUAUGCUUGUAUUUGUCAGUGUCUGGCUUUCUUUUAUCCCAGCCUAUCUCAGCACUCAAGGCAAGUAUAUGGUAGCUGUGGAGAUAUUUGGUAUCCUAUCUUCAAGUGCCGGACUUCUAAUGUGUAUAUUUUUCCCCAAGUGUUACAUAAUUCUUUUAAGACCAAAUCUAAACACUAGAGAAUUCCUUAUGGGGAAAUAA